GCCGAGGCUUGGGGAGUCUGCGGUGGGACGGUGGGGCCGGGAGCCCCUGUCGCGCUCCAGCGGUGCCGGUCGGCCUUGGCCCGCUGCGAAAAAUGGAAAUGGCCACUCCCCCGACAUCCAAGUGCAUUAUAUACUGGAAAAGAAAAGUCAAGUCCGAAUAUAUGCGUCUCCGGCAGCUGAAGAGGUUUCAGGCCAACAUGGGAGCGAAGGCUCUGUUUGUGGCAAACUUUGUGAAGGUUCAUGAAAAGACUCAGAUUCUGAAUGAAGACUGGAAGAAGCUCCGAGUGCAGCCAGUGCAGAUGAUGAAGCCAGUCAGCGGGCAUCCCUUCCUCAAACAGUGUACUGUUGAGAGCAUCUUCCCGGGAUUUCCAAGCCAAACACUGUACAUGAGGACCCUGAACACGGUGGCACUGGUGCCUAUUAUGUACUCCUGGUCCCCUCUUCAGCAGAAUUUCAUGGUGGAGGAUGAAACUGUUCUGUGCAAUAUCCCUUACAUGGGAGAUGAGGUGAAGGAAGAAGAUGAAACUUUCAUUGAAGAGCUUAUUAAUAACUAUGAUGGGAAGGUUCAUGGAGAGGAAGAAAUGAUUCCAGGAUCAGUCCUCAUCAGUGAUGCCGUGUUCCUGGAGCUAGUGAACGCCCUUAAUCAGUACUCGGAUGAGGAAGAGGAAGGACACAACGAUUCUGAGGCUAAACAGGAGGAUGGGAAGGAGGAGCUGCCAGUCACGAGGAAAAGAAAACGCAUUGCAGCGGAAGGUAACAAGAAGUGUUCAAAGAAGCGGUUCCCAAAUGACAUGAUAUUCACUGCUAUUUCUUCUAUGUUUCCUGAAUACGGCUUCCCAGAGGAUAUGAAAGAGAGGUACCGGGAGCUCACAGAGGUGUCCGACCCCAACGUGCUGCCGCCUCAGUGCACCCCCAACAUCGACGGGCCGUGCGCCAAGUCGGUGCAGCGGGAGCAGUCCCUGCACUCCUUCCACACCCUCUUCUGCCGGCGCUGCUUCAAAUACGACUGUUUUCUGCAUCCUUUUCAUGCUACUCCUAAUGUGUACAAACGAAAGAACAGAGAGACCAAGAUCGAGCCAGAUCCUUGCGGAGCAGACUGUUUCCUCUGGCUGGAAGGAGCCAAGGAGUUCGCUGCGCUGCACAACCCCAGGUCCAAGUGCUCGGGUCGGCGCCGGCGCCGGCACCACGUGGUGGGUGCCUCCUGCUCCAACACCCCGGCAUCUGCCAUCACCGAGACAAGGGAGGGCGACAGCGACCGCGACACGGGCAAUGAGUGGGCCUCGAGCUCCUCGGAGGCAAACUCCCGCUGCCAGACGCCCACCAAGCAGAAGCUGAGCCCGGCCUCCUCGCAGCUCUUCGCGGUGGAGACACCGCAGGAGCCGGUUGAGUGGACGGGAGCCGAGGAGUCGCUGUUCCGCGUCUUCCACGGCACCUACUUCAACAACUUCUGCUCCAUUGCCAGGCUGCUGGGAACAAAGACGUGCAAGCAGGUCUUUCAGUUUGCAGUGAAGGAAUCGCUCAUAACGAAGCUGCCAACAAACGAAUUAAUGAAUCCAUCCCAGAAGAAGAAAAGGAAGCACAGGCUGUGGGCUGCACACUGCAGGAAAAUCCAGCUGAAGAAAGACAAUUCACCUACUCAGGUGUACAACUACCAGCCCUGCGACCACCCUGAGCAUCCCUGUGACAGCUCCUGCCCUUGCAUCAUGACUCAGAAUUUCUGUGAGAAGUUCUGCCAGUGCAACCCUGACUGUCAGAACCGCUUCCCGGGCUGCCGCUGUAAAACCCAGUGCAACACCAAGCAGUGCCCCUGCUACCUGGCUGUGAGGGAGUGCGACCCCGACCUCUGCCUCACCUGCGGCGCUUCGGAGCACUGGGACUGCAAGGUGGUCUCCUGCAAGAACUGCAGCAUCCAGAGAGGUCUCAAAAAGCACUUGUUGCUGGCACCGUCAGAUGUUGCUGGCUGGGGGACUUUCAUCAAGGAGUCUGUGCAGAAGAAUGAGUUCAUCUCCGAGUACUGUGGUGAGCUGAUUUCCCAGGACGAGGCUGACCGCCGAGGGAAGGUCUAUGACAAGUACAUGUCCAGCUUCCUCUUCAACCUCAACAACGAUUUUGUUGUUGACGCCACCCGCAAAGGAAACAAAAUCCGCUUUGCCAAUCACUCGGUGAACCCCAAUUGCUACGCCAAAGUUGUGAUGGUGAAUGGAGACCACCGGAUAGGGAUCUUUGCCAAGAGAGCCAUCCAGGCAGGAGAGGAGCUCUUUUUUGAUUACAGGUACAGCCAGGCAGAUGCCCUGAAGUACGUUGGCAUAGAGAGGGAGACGGAUAUCAUCUAGGCUCCGUGUGGGGUGCUCCCUGGCACACCUUGCUGCUGCACCUUGUUAGCAAUGCCAUGUUUGCUUCAUGCUGACAUGACUGCUGCUGUUCCCGUUGCUGUGCGUGUCACAAGUGCUACUUCCCAUCCAGACACCCCGAGAGAGAGAGAGAGACUUGGGGCAGGAGCAUCAGCUCUGACAGCCGUAGGCUGGACCUGGCUCUGGAGCCUCGUUCUGUGAGCGAGCUCAGGAGCUGGAGGGAGCCCGUGGACCAAGGCAGCUGGGGCAGGAGCUGUGGUGCAGGAGGAGGGACAGCCACGAAUUCUGGCUCUUUCCAUUUUCUGCUGACUGGUGGAAGAAGAGGAGUGAGGGAGGUACUGCUUGCACUGAGACCUGGGGCUCAGAUGAGCUGGUGCUCCCCUCCAUCCCUGUCCCCUGGGAUGGGCUCUGCUCUUGGGUUCUACCUCUUGCUGCCUGUUUUGUCCUUUUGAGGAGGACAGGGUUGGAAGCCAUUGAGAUGUGGCUGCAGCAGUCCCUGGGCUGCAGGCUGCUGUUGCUAGGUCUCUGUUUCCCUCUCCCCCAGCUGGCCCAGGGACAGGGGCUGCCUGGCCCUGGAUGGUGCCUGGGGCUGGGGAGAGCAGCACUAUGCAAAAAAAAAGGCACUUUGGGGUAGGAACUCCACUUGAGAUGGACAGAGACAGUGUGAGGUGGGUGCUGCUGCAAGGACAAGAGGAGUCCAGAGGCAGCAGGAACCUGUGAGCCUGAGGAAGCUCUUCCAGCCUGUAGGCUUGUGGUUGUCUUGUGGCCCUCCUGGGACUGGUGUGAGGAUGCUUCUGAUGGGCUGGGGCUGCACCCGGAGCAGGGGACAGGUCUCCUCCUCUGGCUCUCAUCCUGACCAUGCAGAGCUGGUUCCUCCCCCCUCCUCUGUCAGGACAAUCCUUUUUGGAGUAGCACAGGCUCUGUGUGAAGUGUCUGGGACUCAGGAGCCAGCAGAAGGCAAGCCUUUUGUUGCACAGCACUUGUUGAAUGUUGCUGUGCUGAGGUUUGAACGGGUCACAGCGGACCCACUGCCUGCAGUGGCCUGGAGGAGGCUCCUCAGAAACCUGCCAUGGGAUUUUGGACACUGUGGUCCUGGGGAUAAAGGGGAAACAUUCCCUGGCGGGAUGAGGUUUGGCCUUAGCACCCCAUGCAAAAAGAAAACGUAAAAAGCACUUUAAACCUUCUCAGCCCUCAGCUGAGUCCCAUGUAUUGGUCUGGGGAUAGAGGGACCACAAAUGUCUCAGAUGGUGGUUUUCCCUCAGCAGAACCUUUGCAGGGAGGUUACUCUGGGCCUGGGCUGGGCCAGUCUGGAUGGGGGGGCCCUCCCUCGAGCAGGACCUUGUGGGGGUGAUGGGGAGGGCAGGGCUGUCUCCAAGGAGCUGUGUGCUCCCAGCCUGGUGCUGGGUGCGCCAGGGGCUACCCCACAGGCAUACAGAGCCCAUCCGAGCCCUGAUGUGGCACUGAGGGGGCCAGAGCAGGCAGAGGGUGAGCAGCAUUUGCUCCAUGGCACUGCCCAGAGGUCAGCAGUGCCAAGGCCUUUGCCCUGCUCUUUUGGGGAUCCACAGGGCUCCCAAGGUUCAGCACAUGGCCCAGCGCAGGUGGAGAAGUGCUGGGUCUGCCCUGGGAGCUGAGCUCUCCCUGGCACAGCCUGGGCCAUGCCUUCCCUCAAGGCAGGUGAGACUGUCCCUCUGUCCCAUCCUGCUGUCCCUGAUGCUCUCCUGGGACUUGGAGGGGUUUGGGUCUGUCUGGAGCAGCGCUUGUACCCCAGCCCCUGCCUGACCCCGCUGCCCCCGCCUCCGUCCUCACCCCAGCCUGCCCUCAGCUCAGUCCUCUGCCACUUUGGCCCUAUCUGCACUAUGCCAGGCUUGUGUCUGUGGUUUGUUGACAGUGAAUAACAAUGCACUUUAAAAAUAAUAUGGCUUGUAGCCUUUGUCAUAAUAAAGUGGUAGCAAACA